AUGUCCUGGAACGAUUACAUCUCCCAUUACCUCCUCUCUGAAGGGAAGUGCUACGCUGGGGCUUUGGGCAACUCAUCUGACUAUAAGAUCUUCGCUGCUCAGGGUGCCACCUCUGAGCAGGAGGGCUGGGCGGCGACGUUCUCUGAAGACUUCAUCACAGAGGUCCUCGUUGACGAGGUUACUGAGCGAACUGAGCAGGUUAUGAUCAACGAAGCGACGACUCUACGAGAGGCGAUGGAGACAGGGACUACCUCUCAUGGUUUGUUCAUUGGACGUCAGAAGUACCGAAUUGUUAAGUAUGAGACUGACUUCGACUGUGCUGGACAGGAAGUUGUUUGUUUAUUCGGUGCUCUUGGAAAGAAGGGUGUUUGCGUAAUUAACACAGGAACAAUGCUCGUGAUGGGCAUGUACGACGAGGAACUCGGCCAGACUGGUGGCAAUUGCAAGAGUGCUUGUGCUGCAUUUGCGGAGUAUCAAGCUCGAGCGGCGUUCGAGGUCAAGAUGGUCUCUUGUUUUCAGGUUCUUGCUUCAGAACAUGUGACGAUUUGA